AUGGCUUUCCUAUCCCCCCACUGGACAGGUCGGCCCAUACCCUUCCCCUGCCCAACCUUUUUCCCCUUUCUCUCUUUUCCUCUCCGCUUACACUUUUGCUCCUCAUAAUCAUCUCCCCGUACCAAGAAAACUCGUGCGCGCUCAAGACAUGACAGGCAGCUUUGGAAUCACUCCACAAUAACUGUUUAAAUUCAGCCUCUUUCCCUGUAAUUCUCGGGUUUUUUCAUAUUCUUUCCGGGGAAUAUUUUCCGAGGAAUCACGGCUCGGCAAGGGGACAACAAUGGCGGAUCCUUACGGAGUAAACCCUCACCACUUGCUCGAAUCGGAUGACGUGACCUCCUUCCUGCACAAUUUUCUCCGAGGCUCCUCUGCUUCUUCCGCUGCAGCCGUCGGUCUCUAUGGUCGGCCGCCGGCGGAAGGUUCCGUCAUGGAGUCCGGUAUGAGGGGCGGAUCUCCUGCUCCUCCGUCGUCCGGCCUCAAUUUGUCGAAUCAUUUCGGAUUCUACGGAGCGGAAUUCAAGGGAGGUGAUGCCGUGAACGCAUUUUCGGCCGCCGGAAUUGCCGAUUGCGAGGCGGGGAUCAUCACUUCUUCGAAGGGGAUUGAGUUCGGGAGUGAAGACAAGGUUGACGACGAUUUCGCUUUUGGUUUUGAGGACUGUGAAACUUCAGAUGCACCAAGUAACCAGGCUCAACGGCGUUCUUCGAAGAGGAGUAGAUCAGCUGAGGUUCAUAACAUGUCGGAAAAGAGGAGGCGGAGUCGAAUCAAUGAGAAAUUAAAGGCACUGCAGACCUUGAUUCCGAAUUCGAACAAGACUGAUAAGGCAUCUAUGCUUGAUGAAGCCAUUGAAUAUUUGAAGCAGCUCCAGUUGCAAGUCCAGGUGUUGACGAUGAGAAAUGGAUUGAGUCUGUAUCCAUCAGGUUAUUUUCAGGGAUCGGUUCAACUUCCUCCAUCUGGGAGCAGAUUUGAUGAGAGUGUAAUUCCAAACACAAAUGGAGCACCCAAUUUUUCUGGGAUCCAUGAAAUUUCGUUGCAGAGGGGUUUCGAGAAUUCCCGUCAAAAUAUGAGGAACAACCCAAGUCCGGUACUUGUCUUUGAUGAGACUCCGUUGCAGAAUAAUCACUAUGGGUUUCUUAACCAUUUUGCUCCUACAACGGAUCUGUGCAGAAACGAUGCACUGUCAAGGUUGCACUUAGACAUGAGCUGCUCCGGGAAUAACUCAUCACCAGGUGUCUCAUCUUCUUAAUAAGGAAAUUAAUCAUAUAUUGCCAACUUAUAACUUCAGCUAAAUCUCACCAAAGCAAACAUCAACAUAACUCAGCUCUCUAACUGGUGAGCUCAAUCAGUCCAUCUCAUGUGCCAAAUCAAAUUUAGUACUUUUGUCUUUCUCAAACAGCCUCUCUAUCUUUCCAUAGGGUAAAGGUAAGUUCUGCGUGAGCCCAGCCCGACCCCACGUAUGGAAAUUCGAUCACUGGAUUUGUAGAUUCUGUCUAAUGUCAUGCAAAUGAAAGAGCACAUUUUCAGGUUGGUGCUUGUAUUUAAUCCCAAGGCUUUGUUUGGUACUACUGUAUGUCUUGUAUCAUGUACGGAAUACAACUUAUAAGUCAGCUGCUAGUUUUACUUUUUGCAGAGAGUUUCAAGUAGGUCUAGAAUUUGUUGGAUUUUUUCCUGUAUGGG